AGGCAUUGCUAGCCACACCUUAUCGAGCCCCAAAGACUUCAUGAUGGCCAUGCGUGUGCUGACCAAGCGCCUGCCUGUGCGGCGCAUGCAGACCUCGGCGCUGCGUGCACUGUCCACGGAGGUUCCUCCCGUCGCUACUGCCACCGACGCCACGGCCGCUUCGGAGACGCCAGAGAUUGUGGAGAUCUCGGAGGAGGAAUUGGGCAACCUUGCCGGAGUGCCGAUCUCGCAGGCUACGGAGGCCCACCGCCUCAAGUUUUUCGCGUUCGCCAAGGAACAGCAGGAUCAGCUCUUCCCCGAGGGUGUUGGCCGCCGCAUGGAUGACACUUUUGACCUCGUUGGCCACCGCCACAUCAUGCUGCGUGAUACAACGCUGCAAAUUAUCUCGGCCAUGAAAGACUGGGAGACCGCCAAGAACGACUCAAUCGGCGCUUACCUGAUCGAUGGCGAACGCGGCACCGGCAAGAGCUUUGCGCUGCACCAGAUCGUGCAGUAUGCUCGUGAGAGCAACUGGGUGGUGCUCUACAUUCCCAACCCGCGCUCGUGGACCAACGAGGCUCCGUAUGUGAUGCAGUCGCCCUACCAGGAGGGUAAAUUCGACAUCGAUGUGUACGGUGUGGAUCUACUGCAGAAGUUCCUGCACUGCCAUGGUGAACAGCUCAAGUCCAUCCCGUUGCGCGGCAAAUACGCCGACCGCUACUACCCUACCGACAAGUACGAGUCCAAGCCUAAGAACGCUGCGGACUACAAGGACGCCGCCCUGACUCUGCGUGAUGUGGUUGUCGGUGGUGUGCGUGACGAGGAACUGGCAUGCCAGGCUGUGUGCGACCUGAAGGAGGAGUUGGCCCAGACCACAGAAUUCCCCGUGCUGAUUGCCAUUGACGACUACAACACUUGGUUCCAGCCGACUGUCUUUGGUUACGAGGGCAAGGAUGUGGCGGCCGAUGACAUUUCGGUGAUCGCUGCACUGAAGGACAUUGGCGCUAAGGGCUACAACGAGUCGCGCAAGCUCAAGAACGGUCUGUUCGUCGCUGCUGCGACGGAGAACUUCCCCACAAAGGUGCACUUCAAGCAGCAGGUGGACUACCGCAAGAUCCGCGCCACCAUGCGCACGUACACGCCCGAGGAGCUGUCCACUGUCGUCUCCUACUACAACCAAGUCAGCUUCCUGCACGACAAGCCCACGGACUCGCAGAUGGCGUACUUCAGGCUCAUGACCAAGUCGCUCCCUCUCCACGUGUUCGACCGCGCGUCGUUCUCUUAGAUUAUGAUGGUCCGUCUAGGGACCUAUCUUAGCAGCAAUGCAUCACAGGGAGAUGUUAGAAGAGCAUGACGAUGUUACCCAAUGUUACGCAUGUUACACUUUCAAGUGUUGUGUACAAAACAUAAAUUUGUGUUUAUCACGUAAUUGAG